UGGCCAGAUGAUGUCAUAUCCCACACCCAUUCCUGUGAGCCCGCGUAAAUUCCGGGAAAGAGCCAGCUGAGCGCCAUCUCUGCAGUUCUUGCGAAUCCCAGUGUGGCCUUCGCCGGCACUUUUGGGGCAGAUUCUCCGCUUCUGUCUCUUCCUUCUGUGUCCUGUUAACUCUUGCCACCUUGGUCUCUCAGCUCUAUCUCUUCAAGUCAGGAAUCCCAGCUGACUCUUGCCGCCUCUCGGUGCGCCCUGGCCUGGUAUCUCUCAAGGAGUCAGCUGGAACUUGAGGGAAAAUCCGGUUCCUGUUACUCCAUUUAGCCAGAAAUCCAAGCUUAGCCAGCAGAGGAAGUGACUUACCUUCUCUUGGAUAUCAUCAUGAAUUCCAUGAAGCCUGAAGAGAACAAGUCAUUCAGUGCUACAGGAAAUGACCAGAGUACCAGACCUAAAGUUUCAGAGGAUGUCGUGAAGCAGACAUGUUCUGGCACACCUGUUGAUCAUUCUCUAGUUGACACAAGAGAGGGUAGUGGCACCGUUAAGCUUAAAAGUGAAGUUAUUAAGCAAGAAACAUCCCAUGAAAUUCAGAACCCAAAUCUGAGCACCAAUAAAAAAUGUUGUUUCACCUUUACUUUGAAUGACAGCUCCAGGAAAUCAGACCGUAGUAUAUUUACAACAUAUGGUGAACUCAAUGAGAAUAUCUACUCAGCUUUGAAAGCUAAUGACAAUUUCAGUGAAAGGAUGGAGAAUCAUUUUAAUAAGAACAUUAUUGCUUAUGAAGAAAAAACAAUAGAAGGAUAUGUAAAUUUAGGAAUGCCUCUCAAGUGCCUACCUAAAGGUUCCCAUUUUAAAAUAACGUUUGGUCAAAGAAAGAGUAACCAGGAAGAAGAUGAUCAGAUAUUACGCCAAUGUGAAAAUCCAAACAUCGAAUGCAUUCUUUUUCACAUCGUUGCUGUUGGGAAGUCAAUAAAGAAGAUUCUUAAGAUCAAGGAACUUCAUGAAAGAGGAAGUACACUUUGUAUCUAUGCCUUGAAGGGUGAGACUAUCAAAGAAGCCCUGUGCAAGGAUGGCCGAUUUCGGUCUGACCUAGACAAAUUUGAAUGGAAACUAAUGGAAGGUCAUAAUAAAAUUCAUGGAAAACAGUCCAUGGUGGAUGAAGUAUCUGAAAAAGUCUUAGAAAUGGACAUUUUUAAAAAAAGAUCUGUCAGAAAAGGUACCUGUAGAAAAAUUAAACGGGAGAAUGAAAAUGCCACUGAUGAAAUCAGUCCCUCGCAUCCGAUACAGAAUAAGAUCAAGGUCCAUGAACAAGAGAAAGAUGCAACGACUGAAGAUGCAGAACACAACAGAGAAGAAAUUCUGCCACCUCAGAGUCUAGGGCAUGAUAUUGAAGGUAAAAAAUGCCGGACUAUUGUCAGAGUUAGGCAUUAUUACAACAAUAAUUUCAACAGAAGAUAUAGGGAGAAAAUCUCACGAGUUAGGCAAAGGCCCCAUAAGGCUGUGCAUUUUGCUAUUGAUGAGGAUAUCCAGAGGAAGGCAAUUAAUCUCUUGAUAAAGAAUUUCCAAAUGUUGGACCAAGUUAUAAUGCAUCAAUAUCCGAAUUUUAAUGAAGAGGCACUCCGGAUAAGAAAGUAUUUUCGGGAAGAGCAGAAAAAAACAAAACUGUCAACGUUUAAACAAUUCAACAUAUAUAAAAAAAACUUCGGAAAAGUGACUAAAAAUUCUACUUCAGUUGCCACCUGUGAACAUCUUAUUCAUCUUAGUAAGUCAGUUGGGUUCAUGACGUGGAACAAUAAUGGAAACAGGGGCACAGGUACUUGCUUUGUCUUCAAUGAUGGUUAUAUCUUUACCUGUCGACAUGUUGUACAUCUUAUGGUGGGAGAAGGCACAGAUCCAAGUUUGUGGCCAGAUAUAAUAAGCAAAUGUGCAAAAGUAACUUUCACUUAUAAAACGUUCUAUCCUACUGAUAGCAAUUGGUAUUCCCUUGAGCCAUGGUUUGCAGUGUCUGAUGCAACUCUAGAUUAUGCCAUUUUAAAACUAAGAGAAAAUGGAACUGGAUUUCCUCCAGGCCUAUUUGGACAAAUUUCCCCUCCACCUUCUCAUGGUUUGAUUUACUUAAUUGGUCACCCAGAAAGCGAGAUCAAGACAAUAGAUGGUUGUGCUGUGAUUCCUGGAGAUCAGCGGUUAAGCAGGUACCCAGAGCAUCAUCAAGAUGAGGUGGUAGGACCCAAUGCUGCCACUUACAGUGCUUUCUCUAUGUUUACCCAAAGGAGUUUCCCAUCAGAAGUUUGGAGAAGUGACACACUUAGCUAUGAUACUUGUUUUUCUAGUGGGUCCUCUGGCUCCCCGGUGUUUAAUGAAUCUGGCAAAUUGGUUGCUGUACAUUCCUUCGGCCAUUUUUAUAAGUGUGGCAAUGUGGUGCAUGCCCUCAUUGAAUUCGGCUAUUCUAUGCAGUCAAUUCUUUGUGAUAUUAAACAGAAAAAUGAGAGCUUUUAUAAAUUAUUAAACGAAGAGAAAAAUGAGAAUCAAAAUGAAGACAAAAAUAACAAACAAGAGUUGUCACUUCAAGAUCAGCAGGUGGAACCCAUGGAACAUUAGAAAAAAGAUGCUGUUUUCAAGAAAAUAUGCCAAUAAUUUAGAGUAGUUGGGGCUCUUUCCUUAAAAUAUAGUGAAUAUUCUUUUUUAAUUAGACAGCUUUUACAGAAUCUUGUUAGAUAUGUAAAACACAUAUUAGAGUGAAAAUAAAUAUUGAUUUUUUUCCCAGA